CGCCACGUGCUUCUCGCGAUCUUUAGGUACCCUAGGCGAUCAAGAUCCAUGCGUCGGAACCUUUUAUCAUAUCCUUGUGUGAUGAGAAUCAAGAUAAAAAUAUUAUCUAGAAAUAAUUUUAUCUAACGCAUUUGUGAGUAGUUACGAGAAUGUCGAGGGCACUUUCGCUAUCAUCGUGACCUCAUGUUGCAAAAUUUUCAAAAUGCCAACGUCUCAAACACGUGCGUUUGUGCGAAAUAUCAAAUGGUCCUGUUGUUAAAUCGAACUGACGAACGAAUUCAUACACGAAGAAAGUAAGACUCCGACCUCACGAAGCUAACAUCAUGAAGCCAAGAAUCCUGCUCGUCUUUGCCAAUCUCAUUACUUCUAUCUUUUUAGUGGCCGCGGGUGCAAGAACUUCCGUCAGACAGCGGACGCAAAGCAACAACCACGGUAACAUUAGUGACCUAUUGGAUAAUCUACUUCGCGGUUACGACAAUAGCAUUAGACCAGACUUUGGCGGGCCCCCGGCCACUGUCGAGGUCGAUAUUAUGGUACGCAGCAUGGGUCCCAUCUCUGAGAUGGAUAUGACGUACUCAAUGGAUUGUUACUUUCGACAAUCGUGGGUCGACAGACGUUUAGCAUUUCAGGGUGGUAAGGAGACGCUCGCUCUGAGUAUUUCUAUGUUGGCACGGAUCUGGAAACCCGACACGUAUUUCUACAAUGGCAAGCAUAGUUACCUGCAUACGAUCACCAGCCCGAAUAAAUUCGUCAGACUUUAUCAGAAUGGCAGAGUACUUUACAGUUCCAGACUUACGAUUAAAGCAGGAUGUCCGAUGAAUCUCGAAGAUUUUCCAAUGGAUACACAAAGAUGUCCGCUGCAAUUCGGCAGCUUCGGCUACACGACACGCGAUGUAAUCUACAAGUGGAACAGCGCAAGGCAAGUCGCUAUAGCAGAGGAUAUGAAGCUGUCACAAUUUGAUCUGGUCGCCAAUCCCACUGCAAAUCAUUCGACCGCACCGGGUUUCUCGCAUGCGGAAUACUCGAUGCUCUUGGUGUACUUCCAUUUACAAAGGCACAUGGGUAACUUCCUAAUACAGGUAUACGGUCCUUGCGUCCUGCUGGUCGUCUUGUCUUGGGUCUCAUUCUGGUUAAACAGAGAAGCUACCGCCGACCGAGUGUCGCUAGGCAUAACUACUGUAUUAACAAUGACAUUCUUAGGACUCGAAGCGAGAACCGACCUGCCUAAAGUUCCUUAUCCCACUGCUCUGGAUUUCUUCGUCUUUCUCUCGUUCGCGUUCAUCUUCGCUACUAUAAUACAAUUUGCAGUGGUGCAUUAUUUCACCAAGUAUGGAUCGGGAGAGUGUUACUUUAUUUCUGAUCUAAGCGAUACUGAAAGUUCAAACGAAGAGGAAGAUGUAACUAGAAGACUAAUAAAAAAUCAACCGGCCCGUCGGAAGAGUUCCGCGAGUUCUACUACACGAGGACGUGGCAAUCGCAACUUGGCGAUAAAUGGCGACAGUAUGAUCGAAGUGAUACCAUUGUCAGCGAUCUCGAUUCCCGAUAGGGAUCCAGCGGUGCCUGGGCACUGGCAAAUAUCUUGUAUGACCUGCAGCCCACCGCCCGCGCCGCGACAAAUGCCGCCACAGCCACAGCCACAGCCGCCGUCAUCCAAGCGAGCAACGUCGUCCGCGUCCAGAAGACGACGUCGGCGAACUCCCAGAUACAACUCGGUAUCGAAGAUUGACCGCGUCAGUCGUGUAAUGUUUCCCCUGUUUUUCCUGACCAUCAAUCUUUUCUAUUGGUACGCGUAUCUCUCGCGUAGCGAACGGAUCCACUAUUACAACUCCAACACCGCGUGAUAGGACCUCCUGCCUCAAACAAGCGAGAUAUUGUGAAGAUUAUUUAAAAUGAUUUGCCAGCUAAAAAAGUCAACCGCGCAAUUUUCCUAGCUCUAAUACUGAACAAGGACAAAUCUUUAUUUUUAUAUGCGUCAAUAUACAUAUAUAUUCGCAUAUAAAAUUAUAAAUUUAUAAACUUUUAUCUCACACAACAAUACAGAUUAUUUUAAGUGAUAAGAUUUUAUCAAAAAAAUAUUAAAAUUUGAGAGAAUGAAAGUGAAGGGUUUCGAGUAAAUGCGGUGUAAGUAUUUGUUGAUAAUAACGUGGUAAAAAAUGGACGUGUCAUACCCUGAUGUCCAUUGUAAAAAUGAAUAUGGAGAAAAUGACUGAUGAAGAGAUACGUACCA